AUGGCCACGCAAGCGACUCAGGAACGAGAAGCCCAUCAAUCGCCAGACUUCCCGUCUCUCGGUAAUGCGAAACCGAACCUCAACCCUGGCCCCCACGUCCCGAUACAGAUGGGUAGUGUGGCCGGGGUAUACACUCCGGAUCCUGAUGCUUUCCCGUAUUUUACCAAGUUUGCCGCCAGUGACACUUCCAUCGAGGACGAGUGGAUCAAAGAUCUUGAACUUAUGCACCAUUACACGUCCUCAGCAUAUCUCACGCUUCCUAGGGCCACUGACAUCAGGCGUGUUUGGCAAACAGACGUCGCACGUCUCGCCAUGUCAAACAAGUUUCUCAUGCAUCAACUUCUAGCUUUUUCCGCCCAUCAUUUAGCUUACCUCAACCCGUCUCCAGACUCAACCUACGCCAUCUGUGCGUCAAUACAUCAGAACAAAGCAAUUUUCGGUCUCCAGUCCACCCUGGGGCAGAUAUCCAACGAAAACUGCCAUGCUGUCUUCGCGGCAUCCGCUUUUCUCUGCAUCUGCGGGUUUGCCAGCUAUUCCUCGCUGAAUGUCGGUGACGGGCGGCCAGCAUUCGAGAAUUUCUUGGAUGUCUUGCUGCUCAUUCGGGGGAAGAGCUUCAUCCUAGACUCCUUUGCGAAAACACUUCAUCACGGGCCACUUGGAAUGCUCUUCCACAAGGGCGACCAAAACCCCGCUGCGCCGCCCAUCCUAACGACCUUCGUUAGUCAACUCCGUUAUCUUGAUUCGUUAAUUGCUGAGGGCGAUCCAAACUCAGCGUUAUGCUGUGAGGCAAUUAACUCGACAAUUGAUUGGACAGAGCGGGUGAUUGAAAGCACUCACUGGCCCGAUCUUCGGCUCACGCUUAGUUGGCCGAUCUGCCUUUCUGAAGGCUUCGUUGAUCUUCUCAAGCAGUCCGACCCCAUGGCCUUGGCUAUUCUCGCGCAUUACGCCGUCAUUUUGCAGCAUACGGGAAAUAUGCACUGGUACUUGAGUGGUUGGGGCGAGAGAGUGAUAACAGAUAUUGGAGAUAGGAUGGACACAGACUGGAGGGAAACAAUCAAAUGGCCUCUGGGGAUGGUGUCACAUAUGGGAUAA